UCUAAAACUAUCUUUAGCGACUUAAAGAGCAUUUUUGCGUGAAACAAAUUAUUAUUGAUAUCUUGUAAGUUGUUAGUGUGAUUGGCUUGAGUGAAGGAACGACCAAAAGAAAUGCAGAGAGUUUCGUUUCUCUGUUCUUCAAACCCACUUCCCCAAGCUCUCACUGCUCUACCAACCUUUCAUGGCCUCGCAAUUCCAUUUCGAAGUCGACCCAUUUCAACUGUCACGGUUUCUUCCCCUUCUCGCUUGCCUUUGAGUCGUCUCCUAAUUCCCCGCCUUUCUCUCUCUCCUCUUCAAAACACCGCUACUCAGGAGCACGUAGAAACUGCUGAGACUGACUUGGGAUUCGUUGAAGUUGGAUACAUAAGCAAUGUUCACGGGCUUCAAGGGGAGGCUCGUGUGAAACCCAACACUGACUUUCCUGAAUUGCGUUUUUGCGAGCCUGGGAGAAGGUGGUUGAAACAACAAGUUUCCGGCAGAGAAACGAUUCAAGAAGUUGAGCUUGAGGAGGGAAGAGGACACCCUGGUCAGAAAAGUUGGAUACUGAAAUUCAGAGGAAUUGACACGGUGGACCAGGCUAAGCAGCUUAUUGGGUCAACUUUACUUGUGAGGGAAGAAGAAAGGCCAGCUUUGGAGGAAGGAGAAUUUUAUACUCGUGAUCUCGUUGGCAUGAGAGUUUUUCUCAAGGAAACUGGUGAACUUGUAGGAACCGUGGUUAAUGUUUAUGAUAGUGGAGGCAAUGAUCUUUUACAAGUCAUGCUCGAUUCAUCUGUAGAUGUUCUUGAUGCAACUGGAAAGCAAAAGUCAGCUGGUACUAAAGUAGCCGGUCAUCUUGUGUGGGUGCCAUUUGUUGAAGCCAUUGUUCCAAUUGUUGAUCUGAAGAAAGGAGAAAUGCAGAUUGUUCCUCCAAAUGGGCUCCUUGAACUAAACCUACGCUUUGAUGAGAGGUCCAAGAAAGAAAGGCGCCAGCUUGAAUGGAAAGAACGGAAAAAGUAUCAAAAGCGUCUUAUAGCGGCAAAGAAGAAACUUUGUGAGAUGGAGCAAAAACAUGUAUUUCAUGGGCUAAGAUUUGGAGAGAAAGCUGAACGGAGCUUGCUAGCUGACCAGAUUGUCGGCGUAAAUUUGAAACUACUUCAACAGGUGCUGAGAAGUGUUGAGACACCGUCUAGAAGAUGGAGUAGAACUGAGUUGGUCGGGGCAAUGAAAAGAAAACUGCUUAGAACGUUGGUUGUAUCAGAGGAGUGUCUUACUUCUACUGCAAGGAAAGAGAAGCUGGGUGCGCAUUUCCCCUUGCGAGAAAAGGGUCUCCAGCUUGCAUCCAAAGGAAAAGUUGCCAUUGUUUUAGUUAUAAAUGGCACCAAAGCACAAGGAGUGGCAGGUGACUUCGAUGAUGUCAACUCAGAAAGCACUGAAAACUUGACAGAAUCCCUUGAGACAUUACUGCUUGAUGAUCAGAGAUUCAUAAGGAUGGAAAACCGUGCAUCAGUACCUUUGAUUUUGAUUGGCUCAGCUCAUGAGAUUGAAUCGUUGAAAACUCUAUUCUCAGAGAACGAUUACUUCUCAUUCGACCCUGAAAAGGUCCACUUUUUGGAGGAAGAGAAACUUCCCGUUGUAAGCAAUUCACUGGAAGAGGCCAAAAGACAUAAGAUUCUAAUGAAAUCGCCGUGGGAAAUACUCCAAUCUCCGGUUGGAUCAGGAGGAGCUUUCAGCUUGCUUUCAUCAAAUGAUAUACUAGACAAUCUUCACGAGCAGGGUGUGGAGUAUGUUGAGAUAACGAGCACAAGUCAAAGACAUGCUGGCCUCAAUCCACUACUUCUGGGGUAUGUUGAAUCAUCCAAAGCGGAUACCGGGAUCCAGAUGCCCAAAGAGGCGAAAGAUUUCGAGGAAAGUUUUAACAUGAUAUUUUCGAUGAGCUUUUUGAAGAAGUUGACGAAACAGAUUGACAAACUCGGGUUCCAAGUGAUCCCGAAGCAAUAUUCGCAUGUUGAAUUUGUUGAGAAAGAUUGGGUUGAUGUUGUCCCCUCCACCCCCAACUCAUAUGAGUUUUGUUGUUCAAUUUAUAGCUUAUUAAAUGUGUGUUCUUUUGAUAAGGUAUGUUUAAUGGAGGUUGCAGACUAAUUUUUUUUCAACAAUAGAAAUGGCUAGUUUGUACACUGACAAAGAAACAUAUACAUAUUUUGGAUAAAUCAAGU